AUGGACAGGGACAGCAGCCGGAAUGCUUCCCCAGCAAGAACACCUCCUGCUCAGGCAUCUCCACCAAGGACAUCUCCAGCCCAGGCAUCCCCAGCAAGGACAUCUCCAGCCCAGGCAUCCCCAGCAAGGACAUCUCCAGCCCAGGCAUCCCCAGCAAGGACAUCUCCAGCCCGGGCAUCCCCAGCAAGGACAUCUCCAGCCCAGGCAUCCCUAGCAAGGACAUCUCCAGCCCGGGCUGCCCCAGCUCGGGCAUCACCUUCCAGGUCAUCGUCGGGCGGGUCAUCAUCUGCCAGGUCAGCCUCUACGACAUCUUCCCCAACGAGAGUGUAUCUUGUUAGAGCAACACCUGUGGGGGCUGUCUCAGUCCGGGCAUCUCCUGCCAGGUCAGCACCAGCCACCAGGGCCACCAGGGAGUGCCCAGGUCUCAGUCCACCCAAGUUCUCCUGGCGGGAGACCCAGAAACAGCUGCCACUCAUCGGGUGUGUCAUCCUCCUCAUCGGCCUCGUUGUCUCACUCAUCCUUCUCUUCUACUUCUGGCAGGGCCACACCGGGAUCAAGUACAAGGAGCCGAUAGAGAGCUGCCCCAGGCAUGCCGUUCGCUGCAAUGGGGUGGUGGACUGCAAGCUCAAGAGUGACGAGCUGGGCUGUGUGAGGUUUGACUGGGACAGUUCUCUGCUGAAGGUCUACUCUGGGUCCUUUGGUGAGUGGCUUCCCAUCUGUAGCAGCAGCUGGAAUGACACGGAUUCCAAGAGGACCUGCCAGCAACUGGGCUUUGACAGUGCUUACCGGACAACCGAGGUGGCCCAUGGGGACUUUACCAGCAGCUUCUUACUUUCUGAAUACAACUCCACCAUCCAGGAAAGCCUCCGCAGGUCUGAAUGUCCUUCCCAGCGGUAUGUCUCACUCCAAUGUUCCCACUGUGGUCUGAGAGCCAUGACUGGGCGGAUCGUAGGAGGGACCCUGACCUCAGAGAGCAAGUGGCCCUGGCAAGUCAGCCUACACUUCGGCACCACCCACAUCUGCGGGGGUACACUCAUCGACGCCCAGUGGGUGCUCACCGCAGCCCACUGCUUCUUUGUGACCCGGGAGAAGAUUCUGGAGGGCUGGAAGGUGUAUGCAGGCACCAGCAAUUUGCACCAGCUACCCCAGGCCGCUUCUAUCUCUCAGAUCAUCAUCAAUGGCAACUAUACAGAUGAACAGGAUGACUAUGACAUCGCCCUCUUGCGGCUCUCCAAGCCCCUAACCCUGUCAGCUCAUAUCCACCCUGCCUGCCUCCCUAUGCAUGGUCAGACCUUCAGCCUUAAUGAGACCUGCUGGAUCACUGGCUUUGGCAAGACCAAGGAAACAGAUGAGAAGACAUCCCCUUUCCUCCGGGAGGUCCAGGUCAACCUCAUUGACUUCAAGAAGUGCAACGACUACUUGGUCUAUGACAGCUACCUUACCCCAAGGAUGAUGUGUGCUGGGGACCUUCGUGGAGGGAGGGACUCCUGCCAGGGAGACAGUGGGGGACCGCUUGUCUGUGAGCAGAACAACCGUUGGUACCUGGCAGGUGUCACCAGCUGGGGCACAGGCUGUGGCCAGAGAAACAAACCUGGUGUGUACACCAAAGUGACCGAAGUCCUCCCCUGGAUUUAUAGCAAGAUGGAGAGUGAGGUACGCUUCCGGAAGUCUUAA